AUGCGAGCAACUGUUGGUACUCAAGAAUCAAGUAUGACUCAAUUGUCCGAUACUAUUAAUAAACGAUCGUCAUUUCAUGCUGCGGUUCUACGUACGCAAAAAUUAGUGCGUGUUAUUAAAACGAUGAAUAGUGUUGGUGAAAUAACAAGAGAAGAUCUGAUUGGUUCAAAUAAAAAGGAUAUGAGUCAACAGCAACAACUUUGGGAAAUCCCAGUGGAUAAAACAACAUCCAAUCAAACUAGUGAAACAUCAAGUGUAACAUCCGGAUUAGAUUCACGUGGAAAUACAACAGGAAUAACAGCUAGUUCACGUCGGCUUGGUCAAAGGUUUAUUAUUCUUCAUUAUUCACCAUUUAAAGCGGUAUGGGAUUGGGUUAUUAUUUUACUUGUUUUAUAUACUGGAAUCAUUACACCGUAUACAAUAUCGUUUCUAUCUGAUGAAGAUCAAAAACGAACACAUCUAAAUGAACUACCGGCAACGCGACAAUUCAAUGGCGAACGAACCAGCGUUCACGUAUUAGUUAUAACUGAUGUACUUGUUGAUAUGAUGUUUGUAUUUGAUAUUCUGAUAAGUUUUCGAACGACAUUUGUUUUAAAGGAAACAAAUGAAGUUAUCACAAGUCCAAUAUUAAUUGCUAAGCAUUUUGUUAUGGAUUCUUGGAAACGUUUUGCUGUCGAUAUACUUGGUGCUCUGCCCUGGGAUAUUCUUUUCUAUGGAAAUGGAAGUCAUUCGAGUAUGCGUCUAGCUAAUUGUUUUAAAUUAGCACGACUAUUACGACUUGUUGCAUUUGUUCAAAAUUUUCAAAAAACCGAAUAUCGAUCGGCUGUCUUAUUUUUUCUGAUGCUUCUUUUUGCUAUUGCUGCACAUUGGCUUGCUUGUAUAUUCCAUUUUAUUGCUAUUCUCGAACGACCCAACUUGCAUGUUAAAUAUUCAUGGCUCGAUCAUCUUGCUGACAAAUAUAAAAUGCCUUAUCUUAUAAAUGAUACAUUAAGUGGACCGGAUUUAAAAUCAAAAUAUUUAACUGCACUUUUCUUUGCUAUGACAUCACUGACGUCAGUUGGCUUUGGAAAUGUUGCAGCGAAUACAAAUGGUGAAAAACUUUUUUCUAUUCUAUCCAUGCUAGCUGGAUCAUUCUUAAGUGCAUCGAUUCUCGGAAGUGUAACAACGAUUAUUAUUAAAUUAUAUCAAGGGGCUGAAGAAUUAAAAGAAAUGAAACAAAGUAUUGAUGAUUUCAUCAAACAUCAUCGUAUUAGUAAAGUACUUGCGAAACGAAUGCAAGAGUCAUUUGAACACGAAUGGAAAAAUACCAAAGGUAUCGAUAUGAAUAGUAUACUGAAAACAUUUCCUGAAUGUAUUCAAGCUGAUAUAUGUCUUCAUCUUAAUCGAGAAUUGUUAAAUACGUGUCCAGUGUUUGAACAUGCAACUGAAGUUGCUCUUCGAACAUUAGCUAUUCUUUUCAAAUCAACUCAUGUUCCACCCGGCGAUACACUUAUUCACCAAGGUGACAUUCUCAAUUCAAUUUAUAUUAUUCGUGGCGGACAAAUGGAAGUAUUACAAAAUAAUGAAUUACAAGCGAUACUGGGUCGUAAUGAUAUCCUCGGUGAAAAUCCAUGCAAUACGGUAACACCGGGAAAAUCCCGAUGUGUUGCUAGAGGUUUAACUUAUUGUACAUUAAAUAAAAUUCAUCGAGAUGAUUUACUGCAUGCUUUACAACUGUAUCCUGAUUUUGCUAAAUCAUUUAUAGAACGAUUUCGAGUAACAUUUGAUCUUCGACAAUGCGAAUUAAAUGAGUCAAAGCCAUUUGAUACACUAGAUAAUGAUAUUCAAAAACUUAUUAAUGAACGUGGUCCGAAAUUGCAAACCAAAGGAGAAAUAACUCCAUUACAUCAACGAGACGAUGAAUUUAAUCAAUUAUCUUGUUCUCGAAAUUAUCGUGGUAUGCAACUGGGUAUCGAUGGUACAAGACGAGCAAUGACCACAAUUGUUGAACUAUCGCCGGAACAGGCAUUAACAUCACCCGAAGAGCUUGAUUUUGGACGAGAAGGAACAGGGACACUAUUGACACCUUUAUCUCAAGGUAUUUGUUUGCUUUUAAACGGGAAAGAUAAAUUUCAACUUAUCGAGUUACUUUCAGGUGCACUAACGAAUACCCGUGAAGCGAUUGUGUCCGUGCCGAAAACUGCGCAACUAACCACAACGGAUUUUCAACCCAAAUAUUUAAAGAACUCAUCAUCAACUAUACAGAUUAGUUCAUCACCGAAAAUCCUCUGCCCAUUAAAGAAAUAUGAAACGGGACCCGUACGAUGUAUGGCAGAUGUUGAUGCUGCAUUAGCAUUUUUGCAAAUACGUUUGGAUAGUUUAGAAAAAGUGAUGGAUGACAAAAUGAAAAUGUUACUUCAUGCUGCUCAAGACAUUGCGUCAACCAAUACCCAUCGAAAAAACAAUGAUUCUCAUUGCCAUCGCCCCAGUGAAAUUCUCAUCGACAAAUUGCUUUUUCCCAAAGACUAA